AUGCUUACUGGCUUCAAAUUUAUUGAUGCUGCAAUAGAUGCAGGCAACUUUACGCUUGCCCUUAAUUUAGUAAAUAAAAGAAUCAAAGAGCAGCCAAAUUCGUCCCACAAUUUGGCCUGUAAGUGUUUUGUUUUAGCCAAUGCCAGUUUAAGUGCCAAUUCAAAAGUGACUACAGAUGAAGCAUUGAUAGAAUGUCUUGCGCUAGCUAAGAAAACUCCUUCGGAUCCAAAAACAAUAAGCUUGUUAACCUCUGCCUUCAAAUUGCUCGAUUACAAACCGAAUGAAGAUUUGUUUGAAUCUGCAAUCAGAAAGUACCAAACACCAACACUAGCCUAUGAAUGGUUCAAACAAACCGUGAAUGAUAAUGACCUUGUUGGUAUGCAAAAGGCUACUAUGUCUUUAUCCAAAUGCUUCAAAGUGGAUGCAGAAAAUGGUAGAACAAUGAAAUUAUGGGCGGCCGCAACGAUGGUCUUGGUAAUAACUUGUUGUACAGACAAGGAAAGACUUCCGAAUGGAAAGGAUAAGUUGCUAGCAAUGCUAGGAUUAAAAAUUAUUGAAAGUGUAGAGGCAGUUGGAAACAAACCACUUAAUGCUCAAGAAAUGUACGUAAAGGCCCAUCUACUUUUGAGAAACGGUGAUUUUGAAAAAUGUCUGGAAGAAUUGAAAUCCUUUCUUUCAAAGGAACUGGAUUUGGAGUUGCUGAUGAUAUAUUAUCAGGAACUGGAAAAACAUGAAAUGUGGGAAGAAUUGUAUCGGAUGACCACUUAUUAUGUGUGUCACAUUGGUACAGAUGAUUGGGAUUCAUGGAAGUUGGCUAUAAAAUCUGCCAAAAAGUUGAAUAAAUCCUCGGAGAUAAAGGAAAUCAUUGAAAACUAUAAGCCAGGUAGAAAUAGUCAGCUAGCUAAGAUUUAUGUCGUGGAUGAUGAUGAUAUUGAGGGAAAACAGAGAGGUUUCGAAAAUUAUCUUUCUCGGUUUAUGAAUAAAUUGUCUUUGUAUUUGGACCUCAAGAAGUUUUUAGAGAAUGGAUUUAUUCCAAAGGACAAAAUAUUGGAUUCCUUAAAUACUGAAUAUAACAAGAGAGAUUUAGCCUCAGUUGUGAAGGGAGAGAGGAAAUCGAAUGCUGAUGACUUAAAUUGCCUCGUGAAUUACAUAAAGAUUAAGAGCCUUAUCGACCCCCAAAUAUUCCUGGAAAAGUCAUUUUUCAAGGAAUGUUGCCAAUAUUAUGAAGUUACAAAACAUCUAUUGAAUAAUUUAGAAGAGUAUGAUUAUUUUGCAGGUUUUGAAUUUCUCAUUUUAUCUAUCCGCUCCUACUUAAGGAUAACCAAAUCUUCUGAGAAUCAAACUUUCUUGAACUUGAUAAUUAUUCUAGAAAAUGCUAUUUGUAAAAACAAAUUUGAGUUCCAUCUUCAAUUGUGGCUAGCAAAAUUUUACCUAAAUACAAAUAUUUAUUCUCCAUUAAAUCGAAUCUAUGAUUCGUUGAAAAUUAAGAAUGUUCAAAUUGACACAUUGAGUCCGUAUUUCAUGAACCAUAGGGCCACCAGAUGCCGUAAAGACGAUAGAAUUAACAAACUGCUUGAUUUCUACCAUCAUAAUGUGGCUAUGGAAUUGCCCCCUAUGGUAAUGAAUUGCUUUGAAAUGGGUACUUAUAGCAAACUUAAGGGGUUUAUUGAAUUCAAGCUAAGAGCUGAAAAUUCAAUUGUUCACUACGAGCUAGUUGUUGAAGCCAUUCAACAUGCUCGGUUGACUGGUGAUAAUCUUGCACUAGAUUCCAUUACUGGUGAAUACGUUCCAAUUUUGAAGCAUUCGUACAAGACGAUGAUUUUGGAAGGUUCAGAUAUUGAUUUGCAAUUGCACGAUAACAUUGAUAGAAAAAUCAUGUGGAACUGUGGUGACCAUAAAGCUGAUGAACAUACAAAGUCUUUAAUAGACGCUCCCCUGAGCAAAUUAUACGAUAAAAAGUACGUUGAAAUCAUUACUUUGCGGGAAUUAAUUAUCUAUGAUCAGCACAGUCGUGUCUGGUGUGAUUAUAAGAAGAGAUUCUUGGAAUCUCUCAAGAACACGGAAACGCUAUCAAUGUUCUCUGAGAUUGAAAUCACAUGCCUCAAUGUUCUAGCAUGGCUAUUACGCGGAUGCGAAGGCUCUUCACCAGUAUUUGGCGAAGCACCAUCUAACCCAUUAGAUGCGUCUUUUAAUCAUUAUUAUAUGUCUAUCCAAGACUUUGAUUGUGUUCUUACAACUCUCGUAAAGCUCAGUAGACCAGUUAGUUUCUUUGGCGAGAAAAAGAUGCGCAAUAAAGUAGUAGAUGUUCAAAAAGUUGUCAAAUCAUUGAUGCGUAAAAUUGACAGAACUGAAAUAUUAACAUGCACGAAGCUAAGUAUCAAAGAGGCGAAGGAUGCAAGUAUUGAAUGGUUUGCCAACGAUGAAUAUGGUCAGUCGUUUAAUCUCCCAAGUUAUAUGAUUGACCAAUGCUACAGGAGUUUUGAAACUGACGUGAUGAAGGCAAUCAAGGAAAUCUAA